UUAGCAAUAAGCUUGUUUCUCUCUUCAAUAUUAAUCUGGUCUUUGCUUUCCAGUUAUGGAGCUUCAACUCCCUUCAUUCCAGGUCCUCCUCAGCAUCCUCCUUGUUUCCUUCUUCAUAUUCAGAAGUUUAAAGAAAUCAAAACCCAAAAAUCCCGACCUUAAGCCAAUUCCAGGGCCGAGAAAAUACCCGGUGAUCGGGAAUUUGCACCAAAUCGCUAGCCCAUCACCCCACAAGACCUUGAGAGACUUGGCCCUGAAACAUGGACCACUGAUGCAUCUCCAGCUGGGGGAGAUAUCGACGGUGAUAGUAUCUUCACCGGAAGUGGCUAAAGAGGUGACGAAAACCCACGACAUUAACUUCUCGUACAGGCCAGCCAUGGAAGUUCCCAGGGUCUACACCUACGAUUUCACCAACAUCGCCUUUGCACCCUACGGGAACUACUGGAGAUACCUUCGCAAACUGUGCAACACGGAGCUGUUGACCGCCUCGAGGGUCCAGUCCUUUCGGUCUAUAAGAGAAGCAGAGGUUUUAAAUCUGGUGAAAACGAUACAUGAGAGCAAGGGGGAGGCGGUGAACCUUAGCGACAUGAUUUUCUCAAUGACAUAUGGGAUAGUUGCCAGAGCGGCCUUUGGGAAAAAAUGCAAGGAUCAACAGAUUUACAUUGACAGCAUAACCGAACUCACAAAGUUGCUUUCUGGCUUCAGUUUGUCUGAUUUUUAUCCUUCCAUUAAACCGCUUCAGCUUUUUAGUGGUAUGAAGACCAAAGUUGAGAAGAUGCAUAAGGAGAAUGAUAAGAUCAUCGCGAACAUCAUUGCGGAACAUAGAGAGAGAAGGGUCAGAGAAAAGAGCGGACAAGCAGAAGCUGAACAAGAAGAUCUCGUUGAUGUGCUCUUAAGGAUUCAGGAGGAGAAUGAAUUCCCCUUGGCUGACAAGAACAUCAAAUCAGUCAUUGUGGACGUUUUUGGUGCGGGAAGUGAAACAUCAUCCACAACCGUGGAGUGGGCACUGUCCGAAAUGAUAAAAAAUCCAUGGGUGAUGAAAGAGGCCCAAGCUGAAGUAAGGCGAGUUUUCGGACCAAAAGGAAACGUUGACGAAACAGGCCUUCAUGAACUCAAAUACUUGAAAGCAGUCAUUAGGGAAACCUUCCGAAUCCGCCCAUCCGUGCCAUUGUUGCUCCCAAGAGAAUGUCACCAAGCUUGCGAAAUUAAUGGCUACCAUGUUCCGGAAAAAACCAGAGUCCUCAUUAACGCAUGGGCCCUCGGAAGAGACCCUAAUUACUGGAACGAACCCGACAAAUUUAACCCUGAAAGGUUCCUCAACGGUACAGUCGAUUACACGGGAACAAAUUACGAGUUCAUCCCAUUUGGGGCUGGAAGAAGGAUGUGCCCAGGGAUCACCUUUGCCACACCCAACCUCGAGCUGCCUUUGGCCCAGCUGUUGUUCCAUUUUGACUGGAAGCUACCUAAUGGAAUGAAAGGGGAAGAUCUUGAUAUGAGUGAGGUGUUUGGCAUGACUGUCAAGAGGAAAACUGACCUCGUUCUUAUUCCAACUCCAUAUCAUGGAUCUAAAAUUGUUCAUUAGAACCACAAAGAUCAUUUGGUUGGUUUCCUCUCAGUAUCAUAUUAAUAGUACUUGUUCCUGUCAUGUCUUUGGUAAAACACAAUAAGCUUACGCCGCCUAUUUCUUUUUGUUAAUGUUAAUGAAACAUGGAAUAACCGGAGUUGAACCGGUGCUUGGCCCUA